AUGAAGGUGGAUGCGGUAGUAGGGAAUUGGGUUGAAAAAUUACCUAGUAUCGUUUGGUUGUACCGUACGACCCACAAUAACUCAACUGGGGAGACUCCAUUCAAGCUAGCAUAUGGUGCCGAGGCAGUCACUCCUAUCAAAGUAAGCAUACUGACCAUUCAACGACAACACUUCGAUGAGGACAUGAACUUAGAAGGACUUCGGAUCGACCUCGACCUCCUUGAUGAAAUUCGAGAGAAAGCGCUUCAGACCAAAGUCACCAAUCGGCAGCGAAUUGCCCAGUACUACAACAGCAAAAUCCGACCAAGGAGAUUCAAUGCUGGUGACCUCGUCCUCUGUAAAGCCGGUUUUGAUAGGGACACUCGGUGA